AUGGGCUGUUUCCAAUCAUCGCAACAGGACAACAGCAUGCCCGAGCCAGCGAGAACCGUGGCGGCAGAAGAAUCAAGGCCCCCAGCUGCGGCACAGCACUCGGAAGAAUGUCUGCUCUUCUCGAUACUCCCACCAGAACUCCGUCUGUACAUCUACGAAACCGCUUUUCCCAGCCUCGAAGAGAGCAUGACCACAACACCCGACAUAGCCGCCAAUCCGCGCCUCAAGGAACCCGCGCUGCUCCAGACAAGCAAGACAAUCCGCCAUGAAGCAAUGGAGACCUACUGUCGCCACCUCUGGACGAGUCGCGAGGCACUCGUUCGAACCGUACGACUCAAGUACGAGGAGAUCUACAACCCUGCGAAUCCCCAAUUGGAUCUGCACAACUUCACGCAGCUGGUCCACAGGGAGUAUGUUCCUUUGCUAGGCACGUUCCGGGAUGCGGAGAUUGCGUUGAUGGCGAAGAGAGAUCAGAUCGAGAAGCAAGGGUAUCCAGCUGGAGAAUGGUUUGACCGAUGGUACAAGGGGCGACAUGAGAGUUUGGAGGGUGUGAGUAAGAUCUUGACGGAUUCGACGGUGGAGAAGUAUCGCACGGCGCAGAGUCCGUCCAAAAGGCCUACAAAGCUCACACGGCAAAAAGAUGACUUUUCUUCACCACGGUCGCACCACAAAACGGCUCCACUCACCUUCACAACCAUGUCAACACCUACCAUCUCACCACCAAAAGCGGCACCAUGGACACUCUCUAAACCACCGCCUCCCAAAACCGCCUCACCACCGCCUGCAUCCGAACACCGCAUUAUGAACCUCCCCACCGAAGUCUGCUUCGCAAUCUACAGACUCAUCCUCUCCGACCUACACAUCACCCCGUGCCCCUUCAGCACAAUCCGCGGCCGCACCCUGCACCGCCCGGGCAUCAUCACCCUCUUCGGCAAGCGAGACCGCUUCGCCCUCUACGCCUACAGAAUCGCCAUGACGAGACUCUGCCCCGCGAGUGCCCUGCAGGAGAAUCGAAUCAACAGCGCCCUCUUACAACGCGCAGAGCAUCGCAGAAGGGCCGAUCGAGAAGCGCGAGGCCUCCCACCAGAGCCCUCGAGCCUGGACGUGGACGACGCACGGCGCGUGAUCGCGAGCACGCAGGCGCUACACAUGCAGACCGUGCGGGAGGUCCGGCGGGAGUUGGACAGAUUGCGAGCGGAGGGGUUCAUCGCGGCGCCGUCGACAUCGUCAGCGUCAUCGUGA